CAGGGUUGCCAAGCUUUACAGAAAAGCGAAGCCGGCAGAAUGCAGUGGCUUAAACUGAAGCUCCAAUUUAUUUUCAUAAUUUGUAUAUUAAUAAGCUCAGCAUGGGGGCAAUUAGGACGCGAUCCCAACGGCUACCUCACCUACUGUCCCUGCAUGGGACGCUUUGGUAACCAGGCCGACCAUUUUCUGGGCUCAUUGGCCUUUGCCAAGGCUUUAAAUCGCACCCUGAUCCUGCCGCCAUGGGUGGAGUACCGCAAGGGAGAGCUGCGCUCCCGCCAGGUGCCCUUUAACACGUACUUUGAGGUGGAACCGCUGCAGGAGUAUCAUCGCGUCAUCACCAUGGCGGACUUCAUGUGGCACUUGGCCGACGACGUGUGGCCGGAGUCGGAACGUGUGUCCUUCUGCUACAUGGAGCGAAAGAGCCUGCAGGUGGAGAAGAACGAUCCGGAAAAGCCCAAUUGCCAUGCUAAGGAUGGGAAUCCGUUCGGCCCCUUUUGGGAUACUUUUCACAUUGAUUUCGUGAGAUCAGAGUUCUAUGGGCCACUGCACUUUGAUGUCCACCACAGUGCCAUCGCUGCCAAGUGGCAAGCCAAAUAUCCGCCGGAAACAUGGCCCGUUCUCGCCUUCACCGGAGCACCGGCCAGUUUUCCCGUUCAGCUGGAGAACUGCCAACUGCAGCAGUACAUGCACUGGAGUCAGAGGUACAGGGAUGGGGCCAGGGAGUUCAUCCGGGAACAGCUGCCACGAGGAGCCUUUCUGGGCAUUCACCUGCGCAACGGCAUCGAUUGGGUGAGAGCCUGCGAGCAUGUCAAGGACAGCCAACACCUGUUCGCCUCGCCCCAGUGCUUGGGCUAUAAAAACGAACGCGGUCCCCUCUAUCCGGAGCUCUGUAUGCCGUCCAAGGAAGCCAUUGUACGCCAGAUAAAGAGGACCAUCAAGAAUGUGCGACAAACCCAGCCCAAUAAUGAGAUCAAGUCCGUUUUCGUGGCCUCAGAUUCGAACCACAUGAUAGGGGAACUCAGCACGGCGCUCACGCGGAUGGGAAUCAGUGUUCACAAGCUGCCCGAGGAUGACCCCUACCUGGAUCUGGCCAUUCUGGGACAGUCGAACCACUUUAUUGGCAACUGCAUUUCAUCGUACUCGGCUUUUGUGAAGCGGGAGCGGGACUCGCAUGGUUUUCCCUCAUAUUUCUGGGGAUUCCCCAAGGAGAAGGAACGCCAACAGGCCAAGGCGCACGAGGAGCUGUAAACGGGAAUCAGUAAUUAACUACUUAAAUACUCUAAUUGGCCAUUUUUCGGAUUUAACAUUCACAUUUUAUACUUUAGAAUAUUUUUUCAAUUAUUUUAAAGUUUCUUUAAAAACUUGGAACAUUGCUGAAGCUUAAUUUUUAAUUGAAAAGAAUGAAUGAAAACCGAAAAAGCCUUUGAAGACACUGUUUAGUUGUAAGCUAGAAAAGUAUUCCUCGCAUUUAACAAGCAUUUUGGAUCUACACAUUCGAUUUUACUUAUAAAUUUAUUCAAGUUA